AUGCCUGCAAACUCAGCUCCCAAGGCUAAGGCUCAAGCUGCCAAGAAGGCCGCCCUCAAGGGUGUUCACGGUAAGGCUGUUCGUAAGAUCCGCACUUCCACUCACUUCCACCGCCCUAAGACUUUGUCUUUGAAGAGCGUUCCCAAGUACCCUCGUAAGUCCGUUGCUCAUGCUCCUCGCAUGGAUCAAUACCGUGUCAUUCGUCAACCUCUUAACACUGAAACUGCCAUGAAGAAGAUUGAGGAUCACAACACUUUGACCUUCAUUGUUGAUGUCAAGGCCAACAAGAACCAAAUCAAGGAUGCUGUCAAGCGUCUUUAUGAUGUUGAGGCUGCCUCUGUCAACACCCUUAUCAGACCCGAUGGUUACAAGAAGGCUUUCGUUCGUUUGACUGCUGAUGUUGAUGCUCUUGAUGUUGCCAACAAGAUUGGUUUCAUCUAA